UGCCCAAAACGUUGCAACAAAUCAAGCGAAACUUAAUAUAAAUCUAUAGUGCGCUCUGAAAAAGACAGUUGGAAUCAACCCCCCGCGUUUUAAUCAAAGAAGAAAAAACUUGUAUGUGUGCGGUUGCUGCUACUGCGGCCACUGCUAGCAGCGCAGUCUAAAAGAAAAAAAUAUAAUAAAAAGUGAAAAUGUAGUUGUUAAGAGCUGAACAAGGUCAGCAGCCGUUGCAGCAGUUCAUUUCAAAAUCUAUAAAGCCCCACAUGUCCGCCAAAGCCGAGGCGGACAAUCUAGCCGCCAGCGGUGGCGGCACAGGAGGCGCCAAUAGCAACUCCAAUGGCACCGUAACACCAGCGCGACGCCUGCGCACCCGCAACUCAACCGGAAGUGGCAGCGAGUCGGCCAAAAAGAAUACAAACAGCAGCCACAAUAACAAUAAUAAUAUUAAUAACAACAACAGCAACAACAAUAACGAAUCAGCUGCAACGGGAAAUGAUGGUUCGUCAGCGUCGACAGGAAUAUCGAUGCCAACAUCAGCUGGUGGUGGUAGCAGCGGUUCAGGUUCUGGCACUCCAAUAUCAGCGCCACCCAGCUCCGUAGAACGCCCCAUGCCCAGCGUGCCGAUGAAUCAUGCCAGUAGCAGCGUGUCGGCCAGUAAGAAAUAUCACAACAGCUGUCCGCAUCCAACACCUACGGUGCACAAGAAAUCGUUGCAUACGAAGCCGCAUAGCAGUAAUAAAUUCGAUCAGGGCAAGAACGAGGAAUUCCAUUUUGAUACACCGCCCGAGUGCCCAGUAUUUCGACCGACAGCGGAAGAGUUUAAGAAUCCAUUGGCAUACAUUAGCAAGAUUCGACCCAUAGCGGAGAAAUGUGGCAUUGCCAAGAUCUUACCGCCGGAUAAAUGGUCACCGCCAUUUGCCGUCGAUGUUGACAAGUUGCGUUUUGUGCCGCGCGUGCAGCGACUCAACGAACUGGAGGCAAAGACGCGCGUCAAAUUGAAUUUCUUGGAUCACAUCGCCAAGUUUUGGGAGCUGCAAGGCUCCUCUCUAAAAAUCCCGAUGGUAGAGCGUAAAGCCCUAGAUCUAUAUACAUUACAUCGCAUCGUACAGGAGGAGGGUGGCAUGGAGCAGACCACCAAGGAGCGCAAAUGGGCCAAGGUAGCCAAUCGUAUGCAGUAUCCAUCCAGCAAAAGUGUGGGCGCCACACUAAAAGCCCAUUACGAACGUAUUCUGCAUCCGUUUGAGGUGUACACGUCUGGCAAAGUAUUGGGACCUAAUGCGGCAGCUUCUACAGUAAACGCAACGCCCGUCAAGCUCGAGGAUGCCGGCACAGAUUAUAAGGCCCAUGAGAUACCCACACGUCAGCAAAUCGCGCCGCCCAAUGAGAACAAUACGCGUCGCUCAAAGCGCUUUGGCAACUCGAACGCCAGUUGCGGCCUAAACACCAAGCCAGGUGCGGCUGCCAUUACCAUUAAAACUGAAACCAAGGAGGAUUUCAAGCGCGACCUAUUGAGCAGCUUUAAUGCUGUCAAUGCGGGUGCCGCUGCGGGUGCUGGCCAAUCAGCUGGCUGCGGAGCUACACCGAAUACACGCGCCACCCAAAAGAAAGCGACCACUGAGUUACAGCAGCCGCUUAUCGAUCCACUGAUGAAGUACAUCUGUCAUAUCUGCAAUCGGGGCGAUGUCGAAGAGUCAAUGCUGCUCUGUGAUGGCUGCGAUGAUAGCUAUCAUACCUUCUGCUUGCUGCCACCAUUGAGCAGCAUACCGAAAGGUGAAUGGCUUUGCCCGCGUUGCGUUGUGGAGGAGGUGAGCAAGCCGCAGGAAGCUUUUGGUUUCGAACAGGCCGAGCGAGAGUACACCUUGCAGCAAUUUGGCCAGAUGGCCGAUCAAUUCAAGCAGGAAUACUUUCGCAAACCGGUGCACUUGGUGCCCACGGAGCUGGUGGAGCGUGAAUUUUGGCGCAUUGUUUCGUCAAUUGAUGAGGAUGUGACUGUGGAAUAUGGCGCAGAUCUACAUACAAUGGAUCACGGCUCCGGGUUUCCCACAAAGAGCUCACAUUAUUUGUUGCCCGGUGAUCAGGAGUACGCCGAGUCCAGCUGGAAUUUAAAUAAUCUUCCGUUGUUAGAGGAUUCGAUACUGGGACACAUUAAUGCUGAUAUUAGCGGCAUGAAUGCGCCGUGGAUGUAUGUGGGCAUGUGCUUUGCUGCCUUCUGCUGGCACAACGAGGAUCACUGGAGCUAUUCGAUUAACUAUUUGCACUGGGGCGAGCCAAAGACCUGGUACGGUGUGCCCGGCUCCUGUGCCGAGCAGUUUGAAGAAACGAUGAAGCGUGCCGCUCCUGAGCUCUUCUCCUCGCAGCCCGAUCUACUGCAUCAGCUGGUGACCAUUAUGAAUCCCAACAUAUUAAUGAACAAUGGUGUGCCCGUCUUUCGCACCGAUCAGCAUGCUGGCGAAUUUGUAAUUACCUUUCCGCGCGCUUAUCAUGCUGGCUUCAAUCAGGGCUACAAUUUUGCCGAGGCCGUCAAUUUUGCGCCCGCGGAUUGGCUGAAAAUGGGACGCGAAUGCGUCAAUCAUUAUUCAAUGUUGCGUCGCUUCUGUGUCUUCUCGCACGACGAGCUCGUCUGCAAGAUGGCUUUAGAGCCGGCCAAGUUGACGUUUGGCAUCGCCACCGCCUGCUACAUUGACAUGGCCGAAAUGGUUGACACCGAAAAGAAGCUGCGCAAGUCUCUGCUAGAGUGGGGCGUCACACGUGCCGAACGUCGCGCCUUCGAGCUGGUUAAUGAUGAUGAGCGCCAUUGCCAGGAGUGCAAUACAACCUGCUUCCUAUCGGCCGUUGCCUGCGAGUGCAACGACAAGCUGAUUGUCUGCCUGCGCCACUAUACUGUGCUCUGUGGCUGUGCGCCAGAGAAACAUACGCUCAUCUAUCGCUAUACGCUGGACGAGAUGCCGUUGAUGCUGCAAAAGUUGAAGGUUAAGGCGCACAGCUUUGAGCGCUGGCUGUCGCGUUGUCGCGACAUUGUCGAUGCCCACACUCCGACAUCGGUGACCCUGUCCGAGCUGCAGGAGCUCUGUAAGGAAGCAGAGACCAAAAAGUUUCCUUCAUCUCUGCUCAUUGAUCGACUCAAUGCAGCGGCCAUAGAGGCAGAGAAAUGUGUUACAGUCAUCCAACAACUGGGCAUCAAUAAGGUGCGCACCCGUUCCGAUCACAAUCAGGAGGCAGCACAAUAUAAACUGACCAUGGAGGAGCUGGAGCUGUUUGUACAGGAAAUCGACAAUCUGUGCUGCAUUAUCGAUGAGGGUGCCUCGGUGCGUGAGCUUUUAGUGCUUGGUCGGCAGUUUGUGGAACGUGCCGAUAACCAAUUGCAGCAAACACUGGAGGCGCUGGAAGAGAAUGAGCUGGAGACGCUCAUCAAUGAGGGCAGUUCGUUGCGCAUUGAGCUGCAGCAGUUGGAUCAUCUGCAGAAGCGUCUCAAGCAAUGCAAAUGGUACAAACGCUCCCAAGGCUUGCGCGAGACCAGCUCCAAGCUGACCUAUAAUGAUGUGAAGACUCUGCUGCAUACGGCAGCCGCUGAUCUGGAUCCAACAGAUCCUUAUGUGGAUCGUGAGAUGCGCAAGUUGCAGCAAAUUGGUGCUGCGAUCGAGGCAUGGGAAUCACAGGCAGCUAAAUAUUUCCGACGACUCAAUCAACAGCACGAGCUGGCCGAGAUUGAGCAGUUUCUGAAGUCCGCCACUGACAUCAAUGGGCAGGUGCCGUCGCAUGGUAUAUUGAAGGAUGCGUUGCGCAAGGCUCGUGAAUGGCUGCGCUCUGUGGAGCAGCUGCAGCAAAACAAUCAUGUCACCUACUGUCAUACGCUGGAGGCGAUGAUUGAUCGCGGCCUCAGCAUACCCAUUCAGCUGGAGGAGCUCGGUCGCAUGCAGGGCCAUUUGAAUAGUGCACAUCAGUGGAAGGACAAUACGGCACGUGCGUUCCUGAGGAAGGGCACAUUCUAUACGCUGCUGGAGGUGCUGAUGCCGCGAGCAGAUGCCAUCAAUAUUGACUCGGAUCUCAAGCCUCGUUUCCAAGAUGAUUUCCUCAAGGACAAGAACCCCGCCGAAAUUGUGGCCAGCUUUAAGCAUGCCGAGGAGCAAGAGUUGCGCGAUAUGCGCGACUUAAGGCGCCAGAAUAUGUCAAAGAAUCCAUUACGCGAUGUCUUCUGUCUGUGCAAGUCGGAAUUUCGUGGUCUGAUGCACAAUUGUCAGCUGUGCCGUGAUUGGUUCCACGAGGAUUGUGUGCCACCGCUGCCCCAGUCACUGAUGGUGCAACAAAAUGGCAACGGUGGCGGUGCAAUCAAUGGCGGAGCAUCAUCAAUGCCAGCGCAACCCAAGUGGCUAUGUCCGAGCUGUGUGCGCUCGAAGCGCCCACGCUUGGAGACAAUUUUGCCGUUGCUUGUGCAGCUGCAGCAGCUGCCCAUUCGUCUACCUGAGGAUGAGGCGUUGCGUUGCCUGGCGGAGCGGGCAAUGAAUUGGCAAGAUCGUGCCCGAAAGGCGCUAAGCAGUCCCGAUGUGAGCGCCGCCCUGGAUGCGAUUUUGGCUCAACAGCAGAAGCGACGCUCGGAGAGCAGCAAUUGUGCCGCCGUGUUGGGCAAUAUAAGUAGUCCACGCAAGCCGAGACGUUCGCACAACCUGUCCAAGCAGGAAACCAAUAACACGGGCCGCUCUGAGUCAGAUAAUGAGGAUGGGGACGAUGUGGAUGAUGACGACGAUGAUGAUGAAUGCCGGCUACGCAUUGUGGAGGACGGGUAUAGCAAUGAUGAGGACGAACAGCUGCCGCGCUUGACUCAAAACAACGCGCAAACCAGCAGCAGCAGCAGCAGCACUGAUCUCUUGAAGCUGCUCUCCGACAGCGAAAUUGAGAACCUACUCGAGCUUAUGAUGGAGGGCGAUUUACUAGAGGUAUCGCUAGAUGAGACGCAAGAGCUGUGGCGCAUACUGGAAACAAUACCGCCUACACCGCUGCAGGCCGAGGCUAAAGCGCGAGUGGCUCAGCACUUGCAACAACAUCGUCAGCAGCAAAGUCAGGGAGCAGCGACGACACUGACCACCUCAUCCAGCAUACACAGCGGCGCUGAGGAUUCCAAUGAUAGCCUACUCGUGCAAAAUAGUCCAAGUCCCGGCGCUGGCAGUGGCGCUCAAGCGGUGCGCAAUAAGAAACGUCGCUCCAAUGAUGCGAACAGCGCAAAUGUUGCUGUGCCGCGCAAGAAACAAAAUACGCCCAAACAGACGCCAGGCAAGAAGACGCCAGCGGCGGUACGCAAGAGUGACAGCAAGGCGAGCAGUUCGCCCGGUGUGGAUGCCGAUGCGGAGAAUAAACAGGCAAAUGGUGGCAAUACGACGGCGACGACGCCAACGACACCGGGCUCGGCAACAGCUGUUGCAGCGGCAGCAGCGACGCCUAUACCAGCGGCCGGGCACAAGAAACGCAAACGCACCACAACCACAACAAACAACAACAAUAACAAUAACAACAACAGCAGCAGCAACAAUAGCAAUGCAGGCGCCGGUGGUGGUGGCAGUGGCGGCGGCACACCUACAGCUGGCAGCAACAACAAUCCAGCAACAGGUGGCGGUCAAAAGAAGCAUGCGCAACGCACACAGCAAACGGCACAGGAGGACGACGAAGAGGAAUGCCGCGCCGAGAAUUGCCAUAAGCCCACAGGCCGCGAAGUGGAUUGGGUGCAGUGCGACGGCGGCUGCAACGAAUGGUUUCACAUGUACUGUGUGGGCCUGAAUCGCAGCCAGAUAAAGGCUGAUGAUGAUUAUAUAUGUAUACGCUGCUCCAAGACGGUCAGCGUGGGCGUUGCCGGUGGCAGCAGCAGUUUAACGGUGACCACAACGACGACCAGCAGCCUAACGCUGAGCACAGGGACGCCGGGGAAGCAGCGAGCAGCGCAAUCGGCGCGGUAGAGAGGAAGAACAAAUGGAGGAGUGAAAACAUGGAACGACGUAGAUCGCAAGAAAAAAAGAAAAACAACAAAUUGACAACGGUUGGCAGCACCUUCGAUUAAUCGAUAAACUGCUAUCGCAGUGUUUAUACACAUGUUUAUCAAACACACACACACACAGACAGAACGUACACACAGAUCAUAAAGCAGCAAACACACACACACACACACACACACAUACGCAACGUUAUGCGUUAAACGGUAUUUACUAAGUUUUAGUAAAAAAGUCACUUAAACGUUUUUUGUAGUACAUAUUUACUAAUUAUUGCUAUUAUAACGCUACGCAGACGUAUUUCAAAAUGCAGAGAAGAUCUAUACACACACACACACACAGACACACUGACACACGCAAGCACACAAUUGAGCAGCAACAUUAAGUGAAUAAUUCGAUUCAACUGUAAAAUGCAAAAUAUAAACAAAUUUUGUAUGUGUAGGUGCGGUACACAUUUUUUA